GUCCAGAUGCUGCCUGGGCCCCUCCAGAUGCUCCCUGGGCCUUCAACUACCCAACUCGGAGACCCCUUGAUGGGGCGCCGACUGGCCCCGGAGAGCAGGUGAGCACCGUCCCAGUGCCGCCACACGCAGGCUGAACUCUUGGGGCCUCCUUCCCCAGGUGGUGCUAGGAGACGGACGGAGUGAGGGAAGGAAAGUCUACCCCAUCGCUCCUCCGUCCCAACAGGGCCUGGCACAGAGUUAGUAAUUGCUUAAUUGACUGAUUCUUGUGGUUCUACCAAGAUGAGUGCCCAGGAUAAUAUUGAAGAUGAAAAUGAGAAGGAGCCAGAUUUCACUUGGGAGGUGAAGGCCAACGACCGUGAUUACCACAGGCAAUUCAAGACGAAGUCGUUUCUGUGUUGGAAGAGGAGGAAGUAUUCGGACAACACCAUUAGGACAGCCAAGUACAACAUCCUGACCUUCCUGCCCCUGAAUCUCUAUGAACAGUUUCAUCGAACGGCCAACCUCUACUUCCUCUUUGUUAUCCUCCUCCAGACCAUCCCAGAGAUUGCUACGCUGCCCUGGUUUGCACUUCUGCUGCCACUGGCCUGUCUCCUCACCAUCCGAGGGGUCCGAGACUUGGUGGACGACAUAGCCCGACACAGGAGUGAUUGGACAAUCAAUGGCAGGCCCUGUGAAAUUCUGCUGGGGAAAAGCUUCUCUAAGAAGAAAUGGCGGGAUAUCCAAGUUGGGGAUGUCGUCCGUUUGUAUAAAGAUGAUUUUGUCCCGGCUGACCUACUCCUGUUGGCCAGUUCGGAACCUUGCAGCCUGUGCUACGUGGAAACUGCAGACAUUGACGGAGAAACCAAUCUGAAGUUCCGCCAGGCCCUGAGCAUCACCCAUAAAGAGCUGGUCAACAUGGACAAGAUGGCAGCCUUUGAUGGGGUUGUGGUGUGUGAGGAGCCCAACAGCCGAAUGCACAAGUUUGUGGGGACCUUGGAAUGGAAGGGAGAGAAAUAUUCCCUGGACAGCGAGAAGAUGCUCUUGCGAGGCUGUAGGAUCCGCAAUACUGACAUCUGCUAUGGCCUGGUCAUUUAUGCAGGUUUUGAUUCCAAGAUUAUGAAGAACUGUGGGAAAAUUAAGCUGAAGAGGACGAAGCUGGACCUGCUGAUGAACAAACUUGUCAUUAUUAUAUUCCUGAUUUUGGUGGUGCUCUCUUUUUGCCUGGCCGUGGCCUUUGGCUUCCUGGUGGUGGAUUUACAGACCAAGCACCGAUACCUGGCUGCCUUCCACAGCAGUUCAUCCCCAGCUCGGGAGGCCUUCCUUACCUUCUGGAGCUUCAUGAUCCUGCUCAGUAUCAUUGUGCCAAUGUCCCUCUACAUCACUUUUGAGUUUAUCUAUCUGGUGAAUAGCUGCUUCAUCAACUGGGACCUGGAGAUGUACUACUCGCCCCUGGACAUGCCGGCAAAGGCCCGGAGUACCAGCCUCAAUGACCAGCUGGGACAGAUUGAGUAUAUCUUCUCCGACAAGACAGGGACCCUGACCCAGAACAUUAUGACCUUCAAGAAAUGCUGCAUCAAUGGGCUGACUUAUGGUACAGAUGAAAAUAGUGGGGAGAGCUUGCAGGCUGUCUCUUUGAGUUGGAACAAGUAUGCAGAUGGGAAGUUGGUGUUCUAUGAUCCCUCACUCCUAAUAGCCAUCCGGGAGGAUGAGGACAAGGUGGUCCGAGAGUUCUGGCGGCUGCUGGCCCUGUGCCAUACUGUCAUGGUGGAGGAGAAGGAUGGCCAGCUAGUCUACCAGGCAGCUUCUCCAGAUGAAGAGGCUCUUGUAACAGCCGCUCGGAACUUUGGUUAUGUUUUUCUGUCCCGGACUCAGGACACCAUCACCACCAGUGAGCUUGGUGUACAGAGGACCUACCAGGUGCUGGCCAUGUUGGACUUCAACAGUGUCCGAAAGAGGAUGUCUGUGCUCUUGAGAGACCCUGAAGGCACAGUCCGGCUAUAUACCAAGGGAGCAGACACCGUGAUUUUUGAGCGGCUCCGACCAGGAUGUCCUAAUGAGCAUGCUACUGAGAAGGCCCUGGAUACCUUUGCGGAAGAGACACUUCGGACACUCUGCUUAGCCAGCAAAGAAGUGGAGGAAGAAGUCUACCAAGAAUGGAGCCAGAGGUACCACGACGCCAGUGUCCUGCUGCAGAACCGGGCCCAAGGCCUGGAUGCAGUGUAUGAGGACAUGGAAAAAGAUCUUAACCUCUUGGGAGCCACAGCUAUUGAGGACAAGCUGCAGGAUGGUGUGCCUGACACCAUCCAUCUCCUCAAGAAAGGGAAUAUAAAAGUGUGGGUACUGACCGGAGACAAACAAGAGACUGCUGUGAACAUUGGGUUUGCCUGCCGACUGUUAUCUGAUGAUAUGGAGAUUCUGGAGGAGAAGGAAAUCUAUGGGGUGCUCGAGGCAUAUUGGGAGAGCAACAACAACCUGAGAGGUGUUCGAGACUCUGGUCCAAAGCUUCAGCAGCAACAGAGCAAAAUGGCCCUGGUGGUCACUGGAGACUUCCUGGACAAGCUGCUGCCCCGGGCAGGGGAGGCACAGUCCUGGACAAAGAAGCACAGUUUGCUGACCCGCAUGGGGUGGCACUAUGGAGCUCAGCAGGUUCAGGAGGACCUGGCAAGCCGGCGGGAGCGAGCCUUUGUGGAUCUGGCCUCCAAGUGCCAGGCUGUCAUCUGCUGCCGCGUGACCCCCAAGCAGAAGGCCCUUAUCGUCCAGCUGGUCAAGAAGUACCAGCAAGUGAUCACACUGGCCAUUGGGGAUGGUGCCAAUGAUGUUAACAUGAUCAAGACUGCGGACAUCGGGGUGGGGAUCAGUGGACAGGAGGGCAUGCAGGCAGUCCAGUGCAGUGACUAUGCCUUGGCCCAGUUCGCCUACCUACAGCGGCUGCUUCUGGUGCAUGGGCGUUGGUCUUACCUCCGUAUCUGCAAGUUUCUUCGUUACUUUUUCUACAAGACUUUUGCCAGCAUGAUGGUUCAGAUCUGGUUCGCUUUCUACAGUGGCUUCACAGCUCAGCCACUAUAUGAAGGUUGGUUCCUGGCUCUCUACAAUAUCUUCUAUACAGCCUAUCCUGUACUCUCCAUGGGCCUUCUAGAGCAGGAUAUGAGUGCCAAGAAAUGCUUGGAGUUCCCUGAGUUUUAUAGUGUGGGGCAGAAGGACCAACUCUUCAACUAUCGGGUCUUCUUUGUGGCUCUGGCCCAUGGCACUGCUGCAUCCCUGGUGAAUUUCUAUGUGGCUUUGUGGGCCUUCGAUGACAUGGCUGGACCUGGAGGCAUCUGUGAUUAUCAGUCCUUUGCUGUCACUGUGGCCACAUCUGCCUUACUCACGGUCAUUGCUGAGAUUGCCAUGGACAUCAAGUUCUGGACCAUCCUGUCCAUCCUGGCUGUUUCCUCCAGUGUGGUCCUCUACAGCUUCCUGUCUUUCCUCACCCAGAACUUCUUCAUUUUCCGAGUGGCCCCGACCAUCUUCCGAUUUCCAUAUGCCAACCAAAAUGCCCUGACAGAACCGUACAUCUUGCUGGUGGUGCUGCUGACUGUGGUCCUGAACACCAUGCCCUCGCUGGCCAUCCGUCUGCUGUGCCACAUCACUGCUGAGCCUAAGCCUGGGAAAUCUCCUUAUCGAGACACAAAAGUAGAAGUCAGCACCGUGGAACUCAAAGCCCACUUCCAGAGAGGCUCAACCCGCCGCCGCUCUAGCUACGCCUUCUCCCACAAGGAGGGCUAUGCCGACCUCAUUUCUGGGGGGGCCAGCCUUCGGAAGAAGCCCCGCCGGGUUAUCCAGGGUCCCAGCCCCAACGGGGAUCUGCAGCCAGCUGGAGAAGACCCACCUCGCCCCAGGACAAGUGUACUGGCCAAAGAAUCACCCUGACACCAGCUCCUCUCCCCUCCUGUUUUAUAUGAGAUAUUUCCACCUGCCAACUCUAGGAUCAUUCUAAGAGUCCCCCAUUUUAAAAAAGUUUUUGGGAGAUGUCCCCACCACAAAAAUGCUGCCUUAUUGCUCUUAAUGCAACAGUGACCUCUCUUGGCACGAUGGGGAAUUGCAAGGAGGUCUUGCCUCUGACCUGGUAGAGGUGAAGGGGGGACCAAGAACUCCUGGAUGCUCAGAGGACAGGCAGAGUUCCACCCGCCCUCUUCUGUGCCCCACCCCUGCACUAGUUCCUGCCUCCAGCGCCAGUUCACAAGCUGCCAAGAUGACUGGCUUUGGUCAAAGCUCCACUUCCUACCUUCUCUCAGACCUGAGAUCAGGGAGGAGUCCUUCCCUUCCAUCCUUCCUCUUCCCUCUGGGUUAAACCCCAUCUCCCUUUUGCACCUGGUGGUCUCCUUGGGAGGGCUGGGCCCGCUGCUCCAUUUACCUUUGUCCUUAGGGGACCCAGUGUUGGACUAGCAUGACCCGUAUCUAGACAGAAGAGAAUCUGAGGGCCAGAGAGGAACCAGGAAUGCUGCUCACCUUGCCUUUUUAGGGGGUUGGUGGGCUGCUCCAACCUUAAGGCAGAGUUAAGUGUUGGAAAGGACCUUGAGCAUCUCCAGAUCCCCCCCUCUCGCGAUGCAGAUGAGGAAACGGACUCAGGAAGAAGAAAGAGCUUUGCUCAGACAUGCAGAGUCAGAGUUGGAGGUAAAGCUACAAGGAGAAUCCGGAUCUUCUAGGACCUAAUUUGGGGUUCUUCUGCUGUAGUACUUUUCCCUCAUAGUAUAAGGAAGGAGCCUUGGAUUUGCGAUCCAAGGGUCUGGGUUAUAGUCCCAACCUGGCCACAAAUGACUUGAGUGACCUUGAGUGAGUCACUUCCCUUCCUUGGGUCUCAUUUUCCUUAUCUGUAAAAUGAGAAGUCUGGACCAAAUGGCCUCUGAGGAGUCCCUUCCUGCCCCAAGUCUGUGCUGCUGUGACAUUCUAACAUCUGACCACACCAGGAUGACCCCUCUAUCCAAGCUCUCCCUCAUUUCCCAAUGAGAUCACAGGAUUUGGAGCUGGAAAGGA